AUGAACAUAUCUGCAUCAUCUUGCAAAAGGGCCGACAAACUUCGACAACUUGAACAUGAUAGAAAAGUUAAACUUCUUGAAAGAGGAGAGAUUAGUUCUGGUAGAGGACUAAACCAAGAAACUAGUCUAGCUAGACCUGGAGAUACACGAUGGGGGUCUCAUCAUUCAACUUUAUGUCAUAUUGAACAAAUGUGGCCAUCUGUUAUAGAGGUUCUUCAAAAUUUGAUUGAUGAUGGUGAUCGUUCUUCUAAGGGUUUAAGUAGAACUUUGGUUGAAAGAAUGGAGAAGUAUGAAUUUGUGUUUAUUCUACUAUUGAUGAAACGUAUAUUGACAAUCACAAAUCAUUUGUCAACCAUUCUACAAGAGAAAGAUCAAAAUAUUGUGAUUGUGAUGCAUUUGAUCAAUAAUGUGAAAUGCAAAUUGCAAAAGUUGAGAGAUUCUGGAUGGGAUAUUUUACUUGAGGAUGUGAAGAAGUUUUGUAACACUUAUUCCAUUGAAAUAAUUAAUAUGACAGAUAACAUCAACAGUUGUAGUCGUUUGAAGAGAGAUGGAAAAAAUGUUAUCGAUAUUAUUCUACAGGAGAUGGAUAGUCGUUUCUCUGAAACAACUACAGAUUUGUUGAUUUAUAUGUCAUGCCUUGAUCCUAGGAAUUCGUUCUCUAGAUUUGAUGUACAGAAAUUAGUACGUCUGGCUCAUUUUUAUGAGGAUGAUUUUUCUUGGAGUGAGCGUAUAUUGGUUGAACAAGAGCUUGAAAUAUAUAUUGAUGACGUCAGAUCAGAUGAACGGUUUGAAGGCAUUUCAGAUUUGGGAGCUCUUGCAAAGAAAAUGAUUGAAACAAUGAAGAAUCGUGUGUUUCCUUUGGUUUAUCAGAUGAUUGAGUUAGCCUUACUUCUUCCAGUUGCUACUGCAACCGUUGAAAGAGUGUUUUUGGCAAUGAAUAUUGUCAAAACAUAUUUACAAAAUAGGAUUGGAGAUGAAUGGAUGAAUGAUAGUUUGGUAGUCUAUAUCGAGAAAGAUGUUUUUAAUACUGUUGACAAUGAGUCAAUUUUACAACAUUUCCAGAACAUGGAGUCUCAAAGAAUGUAA